ACUCCUUGUUUCCCGCAGGGUUUUAGUUGCCCUAAUAGGUGGAACCCCUCACACUCAGGGAGAGAGGGAGAAAGUGAGUGAGAACUGAGAAGAGAUGGGUCGGUCACGCAGAAAGUACAAGAAAUCAAGGCCGAAGGUGCAAGUAGGUCUGCCGCGGAAGAACCCUCACGUCUUCAAACCAGCUUUCUCUCUUCCCCCAAAGCUCCGCUCCCUUGUGGACUUCUCCAAAUGGGACGACCAGGCUACUGUUAUCAACAAUUACAAGUCUUUGGGCGUCGUCUCAAACCCUAAUUUGCUUAGCGUUCGAUCUCGUACUCCUCACAUUAUCGAAAGCGAUUCUCUGCAAGUCCCUCCACCAGACGCCACCAUUAAUUCUACCUCAGAGUGCGAGCCCAUCGAUUCAGGCAGCGAUCUCGAAGAAGAUGACUUGAAAUCAGCACUUGGGAAGAAAAGAAGAGAUGGGAAAACUGCUCCUCUGCAACCUUUGACUUCCAUGCAACGCGUUUAUAUUGGCCGGCUGAUUGAGAAAUAUGGAGAUGAUUACCAGUAUGACAAUGCGAUUGGCUUUACACGUAUACUUGUCAUUGGCAGAGGAUGUUUAUGGAUACGGAAUUGAAUGCGAUGCAGCAUUCAGUUGCAACUCUGGAGAAACUAUGCAAGAGAUAUUAUAUCAAUAGAGAUAAAACCCCCUUGUUCUCGUCCAGUUGAACGGAAAACCAGUUCCGAUCAGGAAAUUGUUUGGUGAUUUUUUUUUUAUGUUGUGCUCAUUUCAUUUCCCUUGGUUCCCUCGAUGAUAAGAAAUGGUGUUGGAUGGAUGUACUUGGAAACUAGUUUCAAUUAUUGAUUACAUUAGAAGAGAAAGGGUUAUCAAGGACUACUAA